AGCGUUUGAAGUUGUACUUUUUCACUGUACAAAACAGAAAUAUUUAUUUACAUUGAAUCACUUCCACGUCAAUUUGUCGGCACUCUUUUAUUUUGAUAUAUUGUCGAAAUAGGAAUGGAUGGCGGAAUAUUGGAACCUUCUCUGUAUAUGGUAAAAGCUGUUGCUAUUCUAGACAACGAUGGAAACCGUUUGGUAACAAAGUAUUAUGAUGAUCAGUUUCCUACCUCAAAAGAACAGAAGGCUUUUGAGAAAAAUUUGUUUAAUAAAACACAUAAAGCUAACUCUGAAAUAAUAAUGUUUGAAGGUUUGACCUGUGUAUAUAGAAGUAAUGUAGAUCUGUUCUUCUAUGUUGUUGGCAGUUCACAGGAAAAUGAGUUGAUACUAGCCAGUGUUUUAAAUGCUUUAUAUGAAUCAGUUAGUCAAAUCUUGAGAAAGAAUGUAGAAAAAAGAGCUUUGUUAGAUAAUAUGGAUGCUGUGUUCUUAGCUGUAGAUGAAAUAUGUGAUGGAGGAAUAAUUUUAGAUUCAGAUGCAACAUCAAUAGUACAGAAAGUAUCAUUACGAACAGAUGAUCUUAAUAUAGGUGAACAGACUAUGGCACAACACUUAUCUAAAAAAUUAGAGGUUCUACAGAGUGCCAAGGAACAGAUCAAGUGGUCAUUACUGAAGUGAGGACAUUUACCAUUUAUUUAUUCUAAUUGGGAAAGGAAGAGAGAAUGUGAUAUACUUGUGGACCACCAUUUUGGGAAGAUACUUUGAAAUGACUUUGUUUUUAUGACAGGCAUUUUUUUCACCAUUUCAAAUGUAUUUCACAGCUAAUUGAAAAUGUGCAUAUACAUUACCAUAGAUGGUUCAUUACAUCAACAUUCAUUUUAAUCUAAAUGCAUUGAAAUGUUUUCAUUGUUAUUGUUAAAAAUCAUGCGCGAAAGAAAUUAAAUUUGAAAAGGUUUUUUUUUAUCAAACAAGCUCUAGGAAAGUCACAGAAGAACUGAAUAACUUUAUACUCACAUAGUUCAGCAGAAGUUUCUUACUUGUUCUCUUUUAUUGAAGAAAAUACAUUCAUACUUGGAUGCAAGGUUUUGGUGGAUUGAAAUUUUGUUCUCAUGAAACUGAUUGACUUUGACAAGUUUAAAAGGUUGAUUACAUUGUCUCAACAAGGGCUGUUUAAAAUGUUCUUCUUUAAAAUCUUUGUGUCAGAUUGAACUUUUGAUUUAUUAUAUGUAAAUAUUUCAUCAAAGUUCAAGGCAAUACAUGUUUUUUUAACAAUAAUCAAACUUUUGGUUGCUUCAUCAAAAUAUGAUAAAGUCACGAAAAAAAUAUAUUUCAUAUUACAGUGAAACUUGUGUAAACUAAAUGACAUUUGAACUGAAGAAUUUAUUCAGAGUAGACUUGUUUGGAUUACAUAGGUUAAGCUACCCUACAAUAUUUACUGUAUGUCCUGGUUCAAGUUAGACAGGUUUCCAGUUUACUCUGACACACACAGUUUUCACUAUACUUUAGAAGAAAAUGGCUACUGCCAAAUAAGAUGAAUCUAAAAUAGUCACAUUUUUUUUCCAUUGAACAGUCUAGAUGACUAGAUGAGUAGUUUAAAAAUUGAAUAACUACUAAAACUUUUCUUUACAAAAGAGAUAUCAAUGACCAUUUUCAUGAUUAAACUGUUUUAUUUAUUUAUAUAUGAUGUCAAAUGUUUUUAUGAACAUGUAGAAAAGUCAAUAAAUAAAUAUAUGUGUACUA